AUGAGUACUAACACCGCUAUCCCUCGCAAGACCCGUACUUCGGUGCGCUACAGCGCCUACAGCGUCGCCGCGCCCUCCUUCUCUCCCAGCGUCGGCACGUCAGAUACAGCCACAAACGAGAUCCGUGACAUCGCUACCGGUCUCGACCGCAUGGAGAACAAGGCCCUAUCCUCCCAGCGUGUCAUACUGAGCGACGAGAAGGUGGACAAUAUCAACAAGAUUGCCCUCGGCGCCAAGCUCGACCGCGCCCUCGAGCGCCGCAUGAGCGGACAGGACGCCGUCAUGCGUCCUCGUCGUAAGACAGCCUCGGUCACCGACGACAUCAACGAGAAGGCCCAAUAG